CUAUAUCUAAAUUAUAUAACCAAGAACACCCCCGGCAGGAAAGAAAAGUUGUGAAAAAAAUUCUAAUUUCGGAUUGGUAAUUUAACAUUGGGAUAAAUGUAUUACAAGUACACUCAUAUUUAGUAUUUCUCUCCUUUUUUUGUCAUUUGAGUAUAUCAACUUUUUUAAAACCACUAAUCAAGUAUUUUUCGUCCAGUUUUUAUUAAUUGUUUCAUCAUUUGAUGUGUUCUUUACCUCCACGCUAUUAAACUAUAAUUCUUCUCUUUCACCCUUGGAGGGAACCUUCCCUCCCAAAUUACUUUCCCUACAUGACACGAUUGAGAAAUUGAGAAGAUUAUUUUUAUAGAAUUUUUCCAAGAACAAAGGUGUUUAAUUGAAGAGGAUAAGGAGGGAGGAAAGUCAACAUCAACAACAAGAUGAGAUACCUUAGCCCAAGUUUUGAUUUAUAUUUGUUACAGAAAAAUAAUGAAUGCAAAGGAAAGGAAAGAUACAUUGGACAGACAGACAAGGAGUCAAAAGAAGAGAACCAAAUGUGGCAAAAACAGCCCAGUAAAUCAUCCUUUAGAGAAUCUCUCAAAGUUCUUGAAGCUGAUAUACAACAUGCCAAUGCGAUGGGUUUUUGCAGGGCGGCUGCUCUCCCAGGAGAUUGUGGUGCGAAUUGUGUGCAAAUGAGGUUGUCAUAUAGCUCCUUUGCCCCCUUCAUCUUGUUUUUGGUGGAAUGGAUGGACUAUAGUUGUACAGAUGCCCUCCCUAGUUAUUUAGGCCUUCUCCACAUACUUGUAUAUAAGGUAUAUGUUGAUGGAAUGCCAUCGUUGUCCUCCAAAGAAAAAAAGGCCAGUUUAAGGGAAUUUUAUGCUAUCAUAUACCCUUCUCUGAGACAGCUUGAAGGUGAGUUUAUUGAAGUGGAAGAUAACCAUAAGAGAAGCAGCACUGAUGUUUUGAGCAGAAAGAGAAUGGAAGACCAGAGGAAGCUAUCUGAAAGCGAUUUUGAGAGAGACGAAGAGUGUGGGAUAUGCAUGGAAAAUAGUGCAAAGAUGGUAUUGCCCAACUGUGGGCACUCCUUGUGCAUCAGCUGCUUCCAUGACUGGAAUGUGAGAUCUCAGUCCUGCCCUUUUUGCCGUGGCAGCCUAAAGAGAAUGAGCUGUACAGAUUUAUGGGUUCUCAUUAGUAAUGAUGAUGUUAUCGAUACAGUUGCUCUUGCCGGGGAGAAUCUAAGGCGUUUCUACCUUUACAUGGACAACCUGCCUAUUCUAGUGCCUGAGACUCAAGCGAUUCUGUUUGAUUACAUGAUCUGAUUUGUAGAAAAAGAAUGCAGUGAAUCAUACAGACUGCCAGCCAUUAUUGUACAUACUAGUAUACGAUGGAGUAGUUCGAUUUCAUCCACCAUGUGGCUGGUUAAAAAUGACGUUUCAGUGGUAGCUGUAUGUGAUCAACUAAAUUGCUGGAUACUUCCCCAUGAGUUAUGAAUCAGGUGGCUAGCAGGUGAUGUGAGAACUCAAGAAACAUCAUCGGCGGCGCCACAACAUGAAAGGUUAAUCCCUGCAUGUAUAUGGGAUGAGCAAUGCAUGUAAUUAGUAAAUACGAAUAGAAAAGAUAAGCAUGGCAUUCAACUCAGCUUUUUGGAACCUGAGUGUUGGAAAUGAAGAAGCAUAGAAACUUAUUGCUUGUGUGAGUACUUGGCCUAUGUUUACCACGCUGUGUUAGUACGGCAAACAUCAUGGAUCAAAUAUAUGAUAUAUGACAUGUUCCUUGCUAUCAUGAGAUUGCUUAAAUAA